AUGACGAUGGACGGCCGACGAUUCAGUCUAGAUACCGCGAUUUAUACGGUCCCGGAGUCUACACGAGUACAACGGCUUUCUUCUCCAGCAGUAGAUGCUACAUAUAAAAUCAAAUGGAAUGAAUUACCGCUAUUAGUGUUUGGAGCAUCUGAUGCUGAUCGUCAUUUUCGUUCAUUUGGCAUUGCUUUAACAUCUAGUGACGAAAAUUCAGCGUGUUAUGAGCAAUUAUUUAAUCAACUUCGAUUCACAUCACCACAAGAAGGUAAUCUUCCAUAUUCAGUUAAUUAUUUAAAGGCCGAUGGUGCAUUACGAAUAACAAGUGCUCAACAGGCAGUUUUUCUACAAGCAACAUUUAAUGUGUUGGACGCAUGUCAUUCAUAA